CAGUGUCACCAACAUAACCACAUAAAAGGGUCGUAUGUUUUAUCCAGUAGGUACAAUGACGCGAUGCUGCCGAAGAAGAUUAUCAAAAAAAUUCCUGGGAAUAUAUUGGAACCUUCACGUCGUGAAAAGCAAGGAUAUAUUGAUGACUUGAACACAAAAACCAAAGCAGAAUUGCUUGAACUCGUAGAAAGACAAGACAAGCUUCUUACUAAUAACAUUCUGUUUUGCAGAAGUUUCUUGAGGAAGUUACCAGACAAAGGUGAGAAAAUAUCAAAAUUUCGAACCCUGCUAGCAGAAGAACUGUCACGGAGAGAUGAAGUUGAAAAAGUAUGUGACAAAUUUUCUGGUUUAAAUGUUGGGAAGUCUGGUAUGUUGGAUGAGAUAGAAUGGACAGGAAAGUAUUCUCAAACUGUCCGUGAGAGCCCUCUGUUGGACAGUGAUGAUGAAAGUGAUGAAGAAAGAAACCCACUCAAAAUACUCGCAACCCAGUCUGGAGUUGGCACAUACAAGAAACGGUAUGUGACUGAAGAACCAGAAGAAAGACUUAUUAAGCCUGAAGAUCUGAAGGACGCGGAAUAUAGUGUUAGUAACAGAAGAGAAGGAAGUGAACCAAUGGAAGAUGCUUAUGUAAAACAUUUGUGUGAUAAAUUUGAAAAACAAAGAGAAAAGAAGAGGGAGCCAUUUAGAACUCACCGUAUAACAAAAACAAAACCAGAUGAACAGUCAGUUAACAUUCAGCAGAGCAAGAAGCCCUUGGGCCCACACUGGGAGGUAACAGCUGCCACCCCACCACCACCCAUUCAUGGAGACGUGAAACUUAUCAACUUACAGGAGUCUCUUCAUCUUCAGAAAGAGCAGGCAGAAAAAUUAAAGGAUAUCCAAGCUAAGCAAGCAGCUGAGAAACUGAAGUCUCAGUUGGGCCUGAUGAUGGGUAAUACAUUAUUAGAUCCAUCCCUGCACUUAGGGUAUCGUGACGAGCCCCAUCACACAGAUUCAAGCAGCAGUUCAGAAGAUGAAAUGGCCAAUAGUGAGGGCGAACAAGAAGAUGAAGAGCCAGAAAAGGAUGGCGCUGUUGUUUAUAAUAUUGUUGAUUAAACUUUUGAAAAGAGUUACUGCAGGAUUGGCCAUGUUAUGGUUCAAUGAAUUAUUUAUAGAAUUUCAGAAUUUUGAAAGAUGAUGGCAACUGUAAUUAAAGAACUGACUUUGAUGUAAAUUGUACCAUAUUGGUACACCAUACAUAAUAAACCAUUUAUUAAAAUUAU